AUGGUUCGGGUAUGUGCAAAGCCGGUUUCGCCGGAGACNGGUAUGGGACAGAAAGACAGUUAUGUCGGUGAUGAAGCUCAAUCGAAACGGGGUAUCCUCACCUUGAAAUACCCCAUCGAACAUGGGAUCGUUUCCAACUGGGAUGAUAUGGAAAAGAUCUGGCAUCACACAUUCUACAACGAAUUACGUGUCGCACCGGAGGAACAUCCAGUCCUGUUGACGGAGGCUCCGAUGAAUCCGAAAGCUAACCGUGAGAAGAUGACUCAAAUCAUGUUCGAGACGUUCAACACUCCGGCCAUGUAUGUGGCUAUUCAAGCCGUGUUGUCUUUGUAUGCCUCGGGUCGUACAACUGGUAUUGUGUUGGAUUCCGGAGAUGGUGUGAGUCACACUGUACCAAUCUACGAGGGUUACGCUCUGCCACAUGCGAUCAUGCGUUUGGAUUUGGCCGGUCGUGAUUUGACUGACUAUCUGGUGAAACUACUCACGGAGCGUGGUCAUUCAUUCACGACUACUGCCGAGCGAGAAAUCGUUCGAGAUAUCAAGGAGAAAUUGUGCUAUGUCGCUUUGGAUUUCGAUCAUGAAAUGAGUACUGCUACUCAGAGCUCGUCUGUAGAAAAAUCAUAUGAGUUACCUGAUGGUCAAGUGAUCACUAUUGGAAACGAACGAUUCCGUUGUCCCGAGGCCAUUUUGCAACCAAGCUUCCUGGGUAUGGAGUGUACUGGUCUGCAUGAAACUGCGUACAAUUCAAUCAUGAAAUGUGAUGUGGAUAUCCGUAAGGAUUUGUACGCCAACAUCGUAUUGUCCGGUGGUUCAACCAUGUUCCCUGGUAUCGCUGACCGUAUGCAGAAGGAGAUCACCNUUGGAAACGAACGAUUCCGUUGUCCCGAGGCCAUUUUGCAACCAAGCUUCUUGGGUAUGGAAUGUGCCGGUCUGCACGAGACUGCUUACACCUCCAUCAUGAAAUGUGAUGUGGAUAUCCGUAAAGAUUUGUACGCCAACAUUGUAUUGUCCGGUGGUUCAACCAUGUUCCCUGGUAUCGCUGACCGUAUGCAGAAGGAGAUCACCAUCUUGGCUCCAAGCACAAUGAAGAUCAAGAUUGUGGCUCCACCAGAGCGCAAAUAUUCCGUCUGGAUUGGUGGUUCCAUCUUGGCCUCGUUGUCAACCUUCCACCAGAUGUGGAUCACCAAACAGGAAUACGACGAAUCCGGUCCGGGUAUUGUACACCGAAAAUGCUUCUAG